AUGCUUGCGAGUUUGUGAUCACAUGACUGGAAGUGUAGGAUUUGACUCCAGCUGGGAGAGCAGAGGAGAGGAGCGUGUUCAACAAUACACGCAUUCAAAACUCUCGCAUGUCCACGUCUCUAUACGUGGAUCUGUCACGGAAAACAUUUGCAUCGAUUUCUUGACAAUUUUAAAGCUUUUGACCAACUGCUUUUUUAAAUAUCAAACAAGGAUAUUUCGGCAGCGUCAUGGGAAUUGGGAAGUUUACCGGCUGCGCUAUGGAAUAGCCUAAGUCGUGGAUCCGAUGUGUUUUCUUCAGUAUCAGGAAGAAAUACGAGCUAACUUGGAGAGAAGUGGAGUGGUUUAACUUCUUACUGACAUUCCUCCUUUUUGCUUCCUUUGAGUUUGAUUCAAAGUUAUUAAGAGGCAAGAUGGCGGCCGAUUCCGUGCAGGGUGAUACUCGGGGUCAGAUGGUUUCAGAACGCCUGGGUCUCGGCCAUAAUCUGGACCUCUCAGAUACUAUGGUCCAGCAAAAGUUGGAUGAGAUCAAGGAUCAGAUAAAACGAGAGAUCCGCAAAGAGCUGAAGAUCAAAGAAGGAGCAGAGAACCUGAGGAAGGUGACCACAGAUAAGAAGAGUCUGGCUUAUGUGGACAACAUGCUUAAAAAGUCCAACAAGAAGGUGGAGGAACUGCAUCAGGAGCUUCAGGAACUGAAUGCACACAUAGUGGUGAAGGACCCAGAGGAGGUUGUAGAGUACCCACUAACCCCAGACACCCCCAAGAGUGAAUUCCGGACGUCCACCAACAAUAGCCGACUGGCCGCUCUGAAGAAACAGGCCGACAUCGAGCUCAAAGUGAAACAAGGAGCAGAAAAUAUGAUACAAAUGUAUUCCAACGGCUCUUCCAAGGACCGCAAACUGCUCGCAGCAGCUCAGCAGAUGCUUCAAGACAGCAAGACAAAGAUAGAGUUCAUUCGAAUGCAGAUCCUCAAAGCCAGCCAGACCAGCGAGAUGAACUACGAGAACAAUGAUGCAGUGACUUCAAGCAAGCCUAUCAUCAGCCCCCUGGACCUGAGGAUAGAAGAGCUACGACAUCACUUCCGGAUAGAGUCUGCUGUGGCAGAAGGUGCCAAAAACGUGAUGAAACUGUUAGGAACAGGGAAGGUGACGGAGAAGAAAGCUCAUUCAGAGGCUCAAGCCCGCUUGAAUGAGUCCAGUCAGAAGCUAGACUUGCUGAAGUUCUCUCUUGAGCAGAGACUCAGUGAGUUGCCCAGAAAUCACCCGAAGGGCAAUCUGAUUAUGGAGGAGUUAGCCAUGGUGUCCUCCCCACCUCUCAGUCCCCGCCAAAGCAUCAUGUCCACCAGCAACCAGUACAGCACUGUGGCCAAACCUGCUGCUCUGACUGGCACAUUAGACGUGAGGCUCAUGGGCUGUCAGGACCUCCUGGAGAACGUACCGGGUCGCUCAAAGACAGCAUCUGUUUCUCUGCCCGGCUGGAGCCCCAGUGAGGCACGCUCCUCAUUUAUGAGCCGAGGAAACAAGAACAAAUCUGGCAGCAGCCGAACCUUGUCCAAGUCUGAUGAUCUGUCCAAUGAAAUCAGUGCUGUUCUGAAGCUGGACAACACAGUUGUGGGACAGACCCAUUGGAAGCCAGUCAGCAACCAAUCUUGGGACCAGAAGUUUACGCUGGAACUUGACCGGUCUCGUGAGCUGGAGAUAGCUGUGUAUUGGAGAGACUGGCGCUCACUGUGUGCUGUGAAGUUUUUACGUCUGGAGGACUUCCUGGACAACCAGCGUCAUGGCAUGUGCCUCUACCUGGAACCUCAAGGAACACUGUUUGCUGAGGUUACAUUUUUUAACCCAGUUAUUGAGAGGCGACCUAAACUACAAAGGCAAAAGAAAAUCUUCUCCAAACAGCAAGGUAAAACGUUCCUGCGUGCCCCUCAGAUGAACAUUAACAUCGCCACCUGGGGCAGGUUGGUGAGAAGAGCCAUUCCCUCAAUCAAUAACUCAUUCACUCCUGGGGCGACUGAUCUGGGCUCAGCGUUGAGCCCUGAAAUGGCACCCAUCGGCCACCCAGAUGCACACUCCCUACCCAGCGACCCCACUGUGACCAAAUUAGACUUUGACAAAGCGUCCACCCCACCCUCAAAACGGAACUCCAUCGAAGUGGAGUUAGAGGAAACAGCACCAAUGGAUAAGAUCCCAGAUAGAAAAGAGGUGCAGGAUGCCCUAGCGACCUUUGACUUCCUGAACGCUACAGUAGCUAAACCAGAUUAUGACAGUCUGGUUGAAAAUGAGCAGCCUGACCUGGAACUGACUGUAGUUCCACAAAAAUCUGAAAUAAGGGAAGAAGAGGAAGUUCAAUUCAGUUUGACCGACUUCAAAUGUGUAGCUGUUCUGGGGCGUGGCCACUUUGGAAAGGUUUUACUUGCUGAGUACAAGACCACUGGAGAAAUGUUUGCCAUUAAAGCUUUGAAGAAGGGUGACAUUGUUGCAAGGGAUGAAGUGGACAGCCUCAUGUGUGAGAAGAGGAUCUUUGAGACGGUGAACAGUGUGCGGCAUCCUUUUCUGGUGAACCUCUUCGCUUGUUUCCAGACCAAGGAGCAUGUGUGUUUCGUUAUGGAGUACGCAGCAGGAGGAGACCUGAUGAUGCACAUUCAUGCAGACGUGUUCUCUGAACCUCGUGCUGUUUUUUAUGCUGCUUGUGUAGUCUUGGGGCUGCAAUUUCUGCAUGACCAUAAAAUUGUGUACAGGGAUCUGAAGCUAGAUAACCUUUUGCUAGAUACUGAGGGAUAUGUCAAGAUUGCGGAUUUUGGUCUCUGCAAAGAAGGAAUGGGCUUUAAAGAUCGUACUAGUACGUUCUGCGGCACUCCUGAGUUCUUAGCACCUGAAGUUUUAACUGAGACGUCGUACACACGAGCGGUGGACUGGUGGGGUCUGGGAGUUCUCAUCUUUGAGAUGUUGGUUGGAGAGUCGCCAUUCCCCGGUGAUGAUGAAGAGGAGGUGUUUGACAGUAUUGUUAACGAUGAAGUUCGCUAUCCAAGGUUCCUCUCCACGGAAGCCAUUUCCAUAAUGAGAAGGUUGUUAAGGAGAAAUCCAGAGCGGCGCCUUGGCGCAGGGGAACGAGAUGCGGAGGAAGUGAAGAGGCAUCCGUUUUUCAGAAAUAUGGAUUGGGCUGGACUGCUGACAAAGAAGAUCCGGCCUCCGUUUGUGCCGACCAUUAAAGGCCGUGAGGACGUUAGUAACUUUGAUGACGAAUUCACCUCAGAGGCACCGAUACUGACUCCACCUCGUGAGCCGAGGGUUUUGACAGUCAGCGAACAGGAGAUGUUUGCAGACUUUGACUACAUCGCUGACUGGUGUUAACCCAGAUCCUCAUAAACCUUGAUCACACAUGCUCAACACUGAACCAGCCGGAAAUACUCCCUUUCUAUAGGACACAAUAGAGAAGAAACCGCUUUCCCUCUAAGCACGUGCCAUUUAAGGGAUUGGUAAUAACCUGCUUUAAGAAACAAGAAUGAAGUGGUUGAGUCUUGGUAGCCCAAUGUGGCAUCUUUUCAUUGUCAGAGCACUGGGACACUGAUUAGUGACCAUUACAAACUUGUGAGGAUUCAACAGGAUCAACUGCAGCUUUUCUCUCUAUUUUCCACACAUUUUUCUCUGCUUUUUAAAGACUAAAAUGUGCCUAUUGUCUUCAGAUUUUGGGGGCAGACACACAACUGAAGAUUUGAACCUGACCAAGACAUCAUCGAAUUGCAAAUUCUUCACUCCAUAGUAGAAACUUAUCCUCUUACAAGUGGAGCAAGUUCAAGGAGAAUUCUAUUGAAUAAUUUAUUUUCAUGUAUUCCCUUCAAUGCCUUAAAUUAUUUACAGGGCUUCCAAACAAUAACUAUCAGGUACAGAAAACCUACCAAAGCGUUCCUGCCAAAUGUUGUUCUACCCUUUUUAUUAGAUUAAAAAAAAAGACCUUGGCCAAGAGCACAGAUAAAUUAACUUGAAUUUUAUAAAGGUAAAAUGAGAGAAAGCUGCGAUUUAAUCUUUCAAGAAUUUUUCUUUUCUAUAAAAGCAUCCUUGUACUCUAAUCAUCAAAAGAAAUGUAAGUUAUAGUUUUAUACUGUAUUUUUAGAAUAUUAGCCAUUUGGAUCUGCUGUAUGUUAUGACAAUGGUUGUACACAUAUAUAUGAAUUGUAAGAUUAUCAUUUUGGAGAGGGCAGCUCAAAGUUGAGAGCAAUUCUGAACUUUUCAAAUGGAAUGUAAAAAUGUAUAUUCAUGAAUACAAAAAAAUGUAUAUUUUUGGCAUGUGGUCAUGCCAAAGCUGGCUGUAUGUUUUAUUAGUUGACAUUUUUUAAAGGAAAUUUGUAGUCUGACUAUUUCAGAUCUUUGUAAUUUUACAAUGAUUUCUCACAAUUUAGCCAUUUUGUGGUUGUAUAUGUCAACAUUAAACCACCUUUAAUAGAAAAGGUUUCAUAUGUCUGUGCUUGCCAUUCCUACUUGUUAGACACAUUUGUUCCUACAGUGAACUAACCCUGCUCCUGAGGUAGCUUAUGAUGGACUCCUGCCAACAAUUCCACUCAAGUGUAUCACGAAACCUUCCUCAAAUACAUUCUGUACACCAACUUGA